ACGCCAAACAAAAAAAAAAAAAAAAACUUAUAAAUAACGUCUCACUUGUGUUCACAGAUCGCAUCACCAAAUCGCAGUAAAAAAGAACGCAAACGCGUUUCUCUCUCUCUCUCUCUGUUUCUCUAAACUCUGAUUCACCAUGGCGGACAUCGACAUCGGCGUCGCCGGGAAAGAGCCGCUGAUAAACCACGACAACAACAACAACAACAACAAAACGAACAAGAUGUUCAACCGUUGCGUAUCGUACCAGCAAGACGAGCUACAGAGCUUCAGGAAAUUCCUAAGAUGGAUGUGCGUUGAUCACUCGAGUCCAUGGACAGCUAUCCUCUCUUGGACCAUGUUCUUCGUCUUCACCCUCCUCGUUCCCUCCUUUUCUCAUUUCUUCCUCGCUUGCGCUGACUGCGACAGUUACCAUUCUAGACCUUACGAUUCCGUCGUCCAGCUCUCUCUUAGCAGCGUCGCCACCGUCUCUUUCCUCUGUCUCACCAGGUUCGUUAGCAAGUAUGGUCUUCGAAGGUUCCUCUUCUUUGAUAAACUCUGGGACGAGAGCGAAACCGUUAGACGCAACUACACCAAUCAACUCAACACUUCGCUUCAUAUUGUGUCCUACUUCGUGAUCCCUUGUUUCUCAGCAAUGAGUGCAUACAAAAUUUGGUGGUACGCAUCAGGUGGAUCUCAAAUACCCUUUUUAGGAAACGUUGUCUUGAGCGAUACAGUUGCUUGUGUAAUGGAGCUUUGUUCUUGGCUUUACCGUACAACCGUGAUCUUCCUUGUGUGUGUUCUCUUCCGUCUCAUUUGCCAUCUUCAGAUUCUUCGUCUUCAAGACUUUGCUAAGCUCUUUCAGAUUGAUUCUGACGUUGGUUCGAUCUUGUCUGAACAUCUCCGGAUCAGACGUCAUCUUAGAAUCAUCAGCCAUAGAUAUCGUUCUUUCAUUCUAUGUUUAUUGAUUCUUGUUACUGGUAGUCAGUUUUCUUCUCUGCUUAUUACUACCAAAGCCUACACUGAAGUCAAUAUCUACAGAGCUGGAGAACUCGCUCUUUGUUCAAUGACAUUAGUCACUGCACUUCUCAUACUAUUACGAAGUGCAUCAAAGAUCACACACAAGGCUCAAGCUGUGACAUGUUUAGCUGCGAAAUGGCAUGUAUGCGCUACGUUAGAAUCCUUUGAUCAGACAGUUGAUGGAGAGACGCCAACUUUGGUUGCUAGAAACAACAACAUAGAUAACAACAAAGGUCAAGAUGUUAUCACACUUACAGAAUCAGACAGUGACGAGUAUGGUGACGAAGAAGAUGAUAUAGACAACAAUAACAUCAUUCCUGCUUAUGCUUUCAGUACCAUGUCAUUCCAAAAACGACAAGCUCUAGUGAGUUAUUUCGAGAAUAACAGAGCAGGGAUCACAGUGUAUGGGUUUACACUUGAUAGAGGUACACUCCAUACCAUCUUUGGACUUGAAUUGUCUCUUGUUCUUUGGCUUCUCGGUAAAACCAUUGGAAUUUCUUGAAACUCUUUUGGGAUCGAUCAAGAAACCUCGAAAAUGUUUUGGCACUGUUAUAUCUGUUUUUCCUUUGUAAUUUCCACUGUAUAUCAAUUUAUCUGUGCUUUCAAUAUGUUGUUGUAUUAAUUAUUGUUAUAGAGUUCAUGUUCUUGUAAAUUAGAUUCGAAAUAAAAGCAUUUCUAUUUUUUACUUUCA